CUCGUGUUGAUGACAAGCUAGCGCACACUGCUGACAGUCUUUUAGUAUUCAUGAAAUAUCUAUGCUUCGGAGUUAAUCCACGAGAAGCCUUGGAGCUUUCCGACUUCUCCGUUUGAUAUACGUACACGAUGUUCUCAAGGGCAAUGAAGAUGUAUAAAGACCGGCGGAGCCUCGUCUUCUGGCAAUUCUAACCCAAGUUCAACAUCGUUUGAGAGCCCGAACUUUUGCCAUCUUUUCGCUUUCAUCAUCUGAUAAAAUGUCUUUCUGGACCUUCGCACCUAAGCCAAAAACCCCGUUGGGGUAUCAUCGAGUGCUCGCUCCAACUGCGGGCGUCAAGGUUUCUCCUUUGUGUUUGGGAGGAAUGAGCUUUGGUGAGGGAUGGGAGCACUUCAUGGGCAAAUGUAAAAAAGAUGAAGCAUUUGCGUUGAUGGAUGAAUUUUACAACAUGGGCGGGAAUUUCAUCGAUACGGCGAAUAAUUACCAGCAAGGUGAUUCUGAGAGAUGGAUUGGUGAGUGGAUGGAAAGCCGCGCAAACCGCGAGCAGAUGGUCAUCGCCACCAAAUACACGACUGGUUUCCGCGACGCCCACCUCGAAACUGAGCGAAUCCAAUCCAAUUUUGUUGGCAACUCGAUGAAAUCGCUGAAAGUGUCGGUGAACUACAGCUUAAAGCACCUCCGGACCGACUAUAUUGAUCUGCUCUAUGUGCACUGGUGGGACUUCACGAGCGGUGUUGAAGAGGUCAUGCACGGACUGAAUUCACUGCUUUCGGCUGGAAAGGUUCUGUAUCUUGGUGUAUCGGACACACCCGCCUGGAUUGUUGUCAAGGCCAACGAUUACGCCCGUGCCAAUGGCCUGCGGCCCUUUUCUGUCUACCAAGGGCUGUGGAACCCGCUGCAUCGUGAUAUGGAGAGCGAAAUCGUCCCCAUGUGCCGAGACCAGGGAAUGGGCACUGCCCCAUGGGGGCCCCUGGCCCAGGGAAAGUUGAAGUCUCCUGAAGCUCGAGAGCUUAGUAGUGGAGGCCGAUCUGAUGAUGCAAUGACUGAGGAUGAGAUUCGCGUCUCGGACACCCUGGAUAAGGUAGCGAAGAGCAAGAAUACGAGUCUUCCGGCUGUGGCCCUUGCAUAUCUCCUCCACAAGUCGCCAUAUGUCUUCCCAAUCAUCGGGCAGAGAAAGAUCGAGCACUUGAAAGCAAACGUUGAAGCACUCGGAAUCGAGCUAUCCAAAGAGGACAUGGACCGGAUUGAUACGGCAGUGGCCUUCAACCCUGGGUUCCCAAUGAACUUCAUCUUUCACGGCAAAUAUGAUUUGACCCUCACGGCUGCUGACGUGCCCCUGACACGGAAAGCUGGUCAUAUUGACGCGCCGCCUCACCCGAGCAUCAUUUCACCUAGGAAAGAGGCUUAAUCUUGUAGACUGCAAAGGACAACUAUCACUAGUCUACUAGUACAUUUCCUAAGAUAUGCCUUGUCUCCUGAAAACCAAUGCCAAUUCUGUUUAGCAUAUGCCGUCUUACUAGUCAAUGUGGCAGCGGAUUCUUGUAGAUUAGUGAUUUUGUUAGUAGAGUGGUGCAUAUUGCGACUCAUGAGUUAUGCAGUAACAGGCUUAGGUGGUG